GGCUGGGGGGCGGCGAGGAGGGGGCCGGCUCGCCGCCAUUGGUUGUGCGGACCGGAGGGGCGGGGGAAAGACCCGCGGUCCCGCGGACUCCGCGGCCCCGGGGCUCACUCCAGCUGCGCCCGCUGCCCGCCAGUGCUCUUUGGUCCUGCGCCGCCUGCUGAGCCAGACAUUCCCGCGGACGGCUUCGCGGGCGCGGAUAGCUGAGACAGGGGCGCCUACGAGGAAUUCAGCGCGGCCCCAACCUCACCCGGGGUGCUGAAGUGCGGCCCGGGAGGUCGGCACGUCCGGAUCCGCAGGCAGAGUGUUCUGAAGAGCUUGACACAGGUUCAUGGUUCUCAUUAAAGAAGCUUCAUGUAAGGGCAAAUGAAGGAUGACAGCUGAUUGGAUCCCUGGAGAGAAGGAACGAAAUGAACACAGAGCAUUUGGAGACAUAGGGAUAUAGAUUUGAAUUCCAGUCCAGCCUCUAAGUGGCUAGAUGACCUUGGGUGCCAGAGGACACCUGAUCCCCUGCUGCCUUUGUCUGAAAACCAAGAAGUUUGUUGUGCUGAUUUAACUUCCUACAAUCUUUGCUGAUGCUAUCAUAAAAAAAAAAAAAAAUGCUGAUUCUGUCCUUUUUAACCCCUGUGUAACAGACUUUUAACAUACUUGUGCAUUCUUUGACCCUCCAUAAAGAUGUCUGAACCUGACUCUUCAUCUGUAUUUUCGGGUAACGUGGAAAAUGGAACUUUCCUUGAGCUAUUUCCCACAUCCCUGUCCACGUCAGUGGACCCUUCCUCAGGUCACCUCUCAAAUGUCUACAUCUAUGUGUCCAUAUUCCUCAGCCUUCUAGCAUUUCUGCUUCUGCUUUUAAUCAUUGCCCUCCAGAGGCUCAAAAAUAUCAUCUCCUCCAGUUCCUCCUACCCGGAGUAUCCAAGCGAUGCUGGAAGUUCUUUCACCAAUUUGGAAGUCUGUAGUAUUUCCUCUCAAAGGUCCACUUUCUCAAACCUUUCCUCAUGAAGAUGGAAGAAUGCCUGAAUGGUACAGCAGCCUAGGUUUUCCCUUGCAGGAAGUGUCACAUGAACGAGUUGCUUCAUGAAAGAAAUAACCCCUUUCUUUUCCAACCAAUUAGACCUGUUUCUCCUCCUUCAUCCCUUAUUUCUUGUUCCAUUCAUGAUGCUUUUCAUUUGUGAAUGUAGGAGUGGACGCUGACUCAGAGAAAAUGUGUGCAAACCUCGAGGGGCAGAAUUUCACACAAACCACCUGACAAAUCAGAGCAGACUUCUUCAAGGUGGAUCAGUUCAUUUCACUCUGCUGGACACCUGAGGCAGAACUCAUCUGAGGCGGCCUCACGGUGGGUGAUGGAUAUGGACUCUUGCACUUCAUUUCUCUUACAAAACCGUGAAACUAACUGAGCUAGAAGAAACUGGCAAAAUUAAGUCUGAACUACUUAGAAGAUAUUCUCCAUAUUUAAAAGAUAAAGUGGAAACACCAAAUUAAAAAAAAAAAGUCAAUUUAGAUUUAAUGUAGAACAUUCCUAAAACCGGAGGCAAAAUAUGCUUAAUGUUUUGUUUUCACUUUAACAAAUGGGAAUCACAUUUAUUGAUGAAUUAAGUCAUCAUGGAAAAGUACUGGAAGAAUUUAACUUUUAAUAGCAAGACAAAUAUGUGUUAUGAUGCAGUCUGUAAUAUAUUUUUGCCUCUCGGUUUUUUUUUUUCUACUUAUGUUAUAGUCAUAAUACCACUUCUGUUGUAGAAUUCUUUGUGAUAAUUGCUGUUACUAAGAGAAACAUCCUAAGAGACAGCAAGAGAUUUUUAUUUUGUAUCUAUACUUUCUGUUAGUGGAAAUUAGCAUAUGGAAAAUAUUCACUUAGUUCUGUUUUCGGCAGUAAUAACUCCUAGCAGUCAUGUAAGCAUGUACCUUUAUUCAGUUUCAUAGUCUUAUAAUUUUAGCACAGAAUUUUGUUAAAGCUCCCAGAUGUCAGAUGUUUGCUCACCCAUAUUAGGUUGCAAAACUUAAAGAGACUAAAUUGCUAAUAUACAUGUUAUUAUAGACUCCAUGAAUGUUACAGAUCUCUGAGAAUUAGUUGUUCUAUGUUAACAUAAUACUUUGCAUUAGCAUUCCAAGAUGUGGGUUUUUAUUAAAAACUGUGGACAUUCAAGUUAUGUCACUGCUGGGAGAUUAGUGGUCCUGGGAGCCAUGAUACUGUGGUCACCCAAGCACUGAACUUGGGGUCUUUAUCCAUGAAAUGAGGCAUAUGUGUGAGCACAGACUUAGAAAAUGGAAAAAAUCAAGCUUCCCCUAAAAACAAAACAAAAUGAACUACAACUUCUUCAGAGUAAGAAUUGUCAUUUAAUUUUAAAAACAAAUGGCCCACAGCAUAAAGACAACUUCUUUAGCCUACAGAGCCCACUGCAUCAACAUGCCCUAUCUUCCCAUGGAAAAUGGAUCAUUUCUUGUUCAAAUAUUUUCUAAUCUUAAAUAGUGGAGCUUCAAUAGACGCUUUGGUUGGCUGCGCAGGUGAUACCCUCUAGUAACCCAAUUGGGAUAAAGAUCUACCAUUUUUACAAGGUCUAUCUUCGUCAUUCUAAAAUUCUAAGAGAGAUGAGGACUGGUAAUGAGAAUCUGAAGGUUUCUUUUCUUUUUUAAUCCAUAAGCUUCACUUAAGUCAGACCACAUUGACCUAUUUAUAUCAAAAACAUCUCCAGACACUAUAAGACCUACACAGAGUUACUGUCCUAAAAUGUGCAAUUAGUGAAAAAUUUGCUUCUGCUGCCAUUUAAAGCAUGGCAGUGUGUUGCAGUAUUAUUAUGUAGUGUAAAUUUUGGACUAGAAGAACUCCACUAUUUUAGAUCAUUAUCAGCAGUCUCUCAAUAUGUGUGUGUAUGUGUGUGUACUAAUGUAUAUAUAUUUUCUCACAUACUCCCAAUUAAAAGUUGUGUGGAAGCUACAGGAUUGUAGAGGCAUCAGUGUUAUCAAUUUUGCUUUUUUUAUUAAUUUUGUGCUACUUUGGUUAUUGAGGAAGAAAGUGAUUUAAAAAUAAUAAUAAAGGAAAAAAGUUUGCCAUACAAUAGAACAAUCUGAGUAUGAUCUGUUCUAAGGGGUAACUUCAUACUCUUUCCUUCUGAAAGUAAACUGCUUUAAAAAAAUAUCUGCAGGCCUAUCCCUGCCCACACCCACUGCCACAAUGGUUCUUGCUCUCCAGGUUAAGUAAAAUAAUUAGAAGCAACAUUUACGAAUGAAAAUUAGGACUUGUCAGUUUUGCCAAGGUAACAGAUUGCACAAUUUGAGAUGAAUUUGUGUUGUCUAAGAAGUUCAGAAAGGAUAGAAGACUGGUUUAUAAAUAAAGAAGUA